AUGACGCAGGUACAUGUCCAGCCGUUGGGCCAACGGCGCGCGAGCUUGCAUGGACCAACGAGCUGGGCAUCGCUCCGCCACCACGUUGCCACGUGGGGUCGGUAUGCGCUCGGGGUGUUUUGUGUCGCGCUGCUGUGCGUGGAUGUCGCGACCAACAACUGGGAGGUCAUCGACUUUAUCGGCGACGCCAAGCACCUUCUCACGCCGCUCUUGACAAUCCAACGGCCCGACGACAUGGCGACGCAAUUCAUCUUUCCAGACGACGCAUCGCCCGGCCGCGUGUCGACUGUGGGGCAGUUCAUGCUCAACGUGUCGCUGGCCCAGAUUCAAGCCAGGGACAGCCGCACAUUCAUCCUUGGGAUGGGCUUCCACCGCAUCGACAACCACGCCAACGACAUUUGCGGGCGCCUCGUCCAAGUGUACCCGAUCGCAGACCCAAAUGCGACGUCGGUGCGGCUUGGCAGCGUUGUCGACAGCAUCACCUUUGUCGGUGGCAACGGACUCAGCCACGGGUUCCGCGACAUGGCAGCGACGGCGAAUGCCGCCGUCGGCAUGAACGAGACCCAGUUGCGAGCGCGGGGGUACACCCCCGCGCGCCACGGCACGGACCUUCGGCUGACGACACCGCUCUCGAUCCCGCCACCCCAUCAAGCGUCGACCACGACGGUCUCCAUGUACCGCUUCUUCGUCAAGGCUCUGUGCUCGGGAUGCGAACCGUUCACGGAGCUCGGGCUGGACGCGUGCAGGAUCGAGUAUUCGUACAACGAUGCAGCGCACGCUGUCCACGUCACGGCAAGCCACGCAAUUCUUGGGCAAUACCACGAACUCGGAGGCAUCUUUCCGCGGCGACAAGGCCCUGUCGUCGCAUUGUACGUGCGCUUCGUGGUGGUGGUGCUCCUGCUUGGCGUGUAUGGAGCUAGCCAGAAGACCGUGCAGUGGACAGACAUGGCGCUGCAGCAGAGUGCACUCCGGCGCGUCGUAGGGAUUGUCGCGCCCCCGCUGUACCGCCAACCGUGCUCUGUCUUGGACUUGAGCGACAUUUGCUUCAACAGCGACGUGUUUGUCGUGUUGUACACGCUGACGGUUCUCUUGGACGAAGAGAUCGCGAUGCUGUUUUCGUGCGAGAUGCACACGUGGCACCAUAACACGGACGACAUGUUCAUCGAGAUUCGGUUGCUCUCGAUGAGUCUGCGGUGGCUGUGGCUGCACUGCUUUGUCCUCAAGGCCGCCAAGUGGACCUGUCAUUUUGUCAGCAUGACACGGUUUACGGGCGACAACCGGGUCGUCGGGUGGCUCAACUUUAGCUCGUCGACGUGGAUUUACCUCGGGGUGUUUGUGUUGUUCCAGCGCAACGACAUUGUCGAGCUCAGCAACUCGGACCGGGUCGACCUCCACUCGACGACGCAGAACCUCGACUCGACGUUUGUCCAGUUCUUGGAUAGCUGGUACAUUCGCACGAUUCCCGCGCUUGCGGCCGCCAUGUUGGUCAACUUGGCAGUGUUCUUGUGCAUGGACCACGUCGUGAAUCGAAGCUGGUGGCAGUCGUUUGCCCUCAACUCGGUCGGUCGCCAGCUCAUGUUCAACUCGACGUCGAUUCUUGCCGGCAUCAAUGGGGACUGGACAGUUGUCGUCCGCCCGACGGACGGCGCGAGAGUCUUCUACAUCACGAUCAAGGCGCGGGCGCUGUGCACGUUUCGCUGGUUUCUGUCGAGCCACUUGACGCGGUUUGGCCUGGUCGAACACCCCAGUGCCUUGAGACAUUUUUCCAAAGGACGGCAAGGCGAACCAUCCCGCAACAGCGGGACGACGCAUCGACUUGUGCACCAAUUGACCAAGAGGACUCCGCGGCAACUGGUCGAUCCACCGACGGACUGCGUACGCGACGAGGUGUCCGUCGCACCCGAAGAGGAUGCGCGGCAGAACGACCACUGCAUCCUCGUCCAGGAUCGCGCAGGCAGCAUCCACUUGCUCAACGACCACAUGAAGGAGCUGCAGGCGCUCAGCGUCGAAGUCAAGAUCUUGCGCGAUACAACGUUUUGCCUUCGAUGAUAUUCUGCUGGUCGUGCGCACGGUAGACCGCGUGCAUUCCAGCCACUUGGAUAACGAGAGCAUGCGAUGCCGUCAGUA